UCCGCCAGCCGCGGCUUGCCAGGCCUCCUCAGUGGAGUUCCGAGUCGCCGGCCUCCCCGCCCUGCGCCAGCCCCUCUCUAUGGAUCGCCGAUGCGGAUGGGGCUGGGGGGAAGAUGGCUCUGUCUAGGGGGCUGCGGUGCUGCCAGCGGGUGCUCGCCUGGGUGCCGGUCGUUAUCAUCACCCUGGUGGUGCUCUGGUCCUACUACGCCUACGUGUGCGAGCUCUGCCUGGUGACUCUAACCAAUCCUGUAGAACAAGUGGCCUACCUCAUAGUAUUCCAUGUCAUCUUUGUGCUCUUUGUGUGGACAUACUGGAAGUCUGUUUUUACUCUUCCGCUGCAGCCAGAUAAAAAGUUCCAUAUGUCCUAUGCUGACAAAGAGCGCUAUGAAAAUGAAGAGAGACCGGAGGUGCAGAGGCAGAUUCUUGUCGAAAUUGCAAGGAAGUUGCCAGUGUACACAAGAACGGGGAAUGGAGCUAUUCGAUUCUGUGAUAGAUGCCAGCUAAUCAAGCCUGACCGUUGUCACCACUGUUCUGUUUGUGCUAUGUGUGUGUUAAAAAUGGAUCAUCAUUGCCCAUGGGUGAAUAACUGCGUUGGAUUUUCUAACUACAAAUUCUUUCUACUGUUUUUAAUGUAUUCUUUGUUGUAUUGCAUGUAUAUUGCUGCAACAGUCUUCAAGUAUGUCAUCAAGUAUUGGACAGACGAAUUGACCAAUGGACGUUCCAAGUUCCAUGUGCUUUUCCUUCUUUUUGUGGCAGUCAUGUUCUUUCUAAGCCUGAUGUUUCUCUUUGGCUACCACUGUUGGCUCAUCAGUAGAAAUAGGUCUACUUUGGAGGCGUUCUCAGCUCCAGUGUUUCAAAAUGGCCCAGAUAAAAAUGGAUUCAAUCUGGGCUUCGUAAAGAAUCUUCAGCAAGUGUUUGGAGAGGAAAAGAAGCUAUGGUUACUACCUGUUGUAUCCGGCAAGGGUGAUGGACAUUCCUUCCCUAUGAGAACGUUGUGUGAAGCUCAGAAUCCACUACUAGCAAACGAAGAGCAGUGGGGAGAUGAUGGAUUAGAUGAAGAGAACCAUGGUUACCAUGAAGGUUCAUCUCUUGCCAUAGAAAUGGAGACAUAGCGGUUUGCAAAUCUGAUGGUACAAAACUCACUCAGACAGCUUCCUUCUCAGGAGCCAGCAUCUUCUCUUUGCACAGACUUCAGAAUUGAAGGUCAGGAAGCAAAUGGAUCUUCAGGAUAAGAAAACAUCAUGAAAUAUUAUCUGAUUGGAAUCCUAGACUGAUUGUCCAGAAUACCUGCUGGGCAGAUCUUUUGGGACUUUACAAGUUCAGGGUGUUUUAAAGUUAAUAUCUGAGUGGAGCAGUUUCAUAGGGAGUGGGCCAGGGAAGACUGGCCUGGAUCAUUCCCUUUUAAUAGAUACAAUUAUAUAUAGAUAUAUAUUAUCUGUAAUAGGUGAAAAGUGUUGGUGUAAAUGCAUUUCCACAGUCCUUUCCAUUGCUUCAAACAUCAGGCACUCUAAAUCUCAAAAUACGUCAAGCCUUUAUAUUUCCAGGCAGGCCGUUUAUCUUGGGCCUGAUUCUUCAGCCUUUACUCACGGUGAGUAAAAUUUACACAUAAAUCCAACAGAAUUUCGUAAGUAAAUACUACUCAAUGUGAGUCAGGUUUGCCAAAUCAGGGCCUAAAUUGGAAGAGCCCUUUGUGUGUAUGUGCAGUGUAUAUUUAGAUAACAUGCAUAUACAUUUGCAACUGUAUAUGUGCAUAAAAUACCUGCUCAUGCUGGCAGAAGCAAGGUUAAAGAAUAUGCCAAGACCGCUGAUGCUUUUGUCUAGAAAUGCAUCAUCCUCAGUAGGAUUUUGAGGUUUACUGGCCUUCAAGCACAAUCCUGUAGCAGGUACUCAAAUGUUAAAGGGAAUUUUAGACAAUAUAAUGACUUCCUUUAAUUCUUAGGCCUAAAGUAUGGGAAUCUAACUAUCACACAGAGCACAUGUUUCUUCCCUCUCCCACCAGGAUCCGUGUUUUACAAAGGUUUUUAAUCAUUGUUUUCAGUUCCAUAAGCAUUGAUCUAGAAGCAGGUAAAUUGGAAACUUGCAUUGAAUGUAUGGCUCCAGCAGCUGUGAUUGGAGCCCAGCCUCAGCAAAGAUGGUUUUAGCCCCAUAAUGCUGGACACAGCAGCUGAUGUAUUAUAUUAGCUCAGACUUCUGCCCGAUUAAAUGUAUUGACUGGUGCUGUAAAGAUUUUUCAAUACCAAGCUGUGGUCAAAUUUUCCACUUACUUUGCAUUCCUUUGACUGCACAUCAUUGUUCCAGAUUUUUUUAAACUAGUUUUGCAGUCAAGAAUUUUAUACUAGGUAAUGGAAUUUGGAGUUUGGUUUGUAGAUGUUAUGCAGUUCUUAGGUCUAGGUCUUAAUUUUCUCUUUCCACCUGUAAGAUUCAGGCUUGGCAGCUCCAUCAUCAUCCAUGCUGGAAAUUAGAUGCUUGUUUCCUAAUAGUAAUGUAUGGGACAAUACUAAUAUUAGUCCUUAAGCAUAGGUCAUAAGAUCAGUCAUUAUGCUCAUUAUAUACCAUUUUAGAUACAGCUUUUAAUUUAGUAUCAGCCUUUACUUCUCUGUUGACAGUCCCUGAAACAGCAAGUGUGGAUGUGAUGAGAAACUGCUUGAUAAAUGUUCAGUGACAAAGGCCUUGUCUACAAAAUAGACUUUUUUCCCCCUGAGAUUUCUCUUGCUUCUAUGAGAGGAGGAUAUACCAGUAGUAGUAGCAGCUGGAAAUUGUAGGGGAAAGAACCUGGUGUACAUAACACCUCCUCCUCCCACCUUCUGUCACAGAUAUAAAUCACUGCUUUUGGGAGAGAUGUCUUUCAUCUCUGUAUUUAAAUCCUGGAGCUGGUAAUCAAACUCUUGCUUUCAGCAGCAACAUAUUUUACAAACAUCCAAUUUAACUCCUAGAAGCUGGGGUAGGUGGGACUGCAGAGCACGUCCAUAUCUUAGCGUAGGUUCUCUACUCAUCUCUUUUUGGAAUGUGUUAGCUAAUUAAUUUGUACAUUGUACAGAUGGGACCUCAGACACCUCUUUUGGUGGCUGUUCUGUUAUCAGGUGGCUCUUGAAAUUUUUUUUAUCAAAUCUAAAUCUGCCUUUCUUUAGUUUAAGCCCAUUACUGCUUUUAAUACACCCAUAGUCAACUUCUGUAAAGGUUUGCUCCUUUCAUUACAUUAUUUUCAGUGAAAUAUUAAGGAAAGAUAGCUGUGAAAUCAAAGCAAUUGCCUAAUCUCAUGCAAAAUGUGUAUAAAGUGAGAUUUUCAAAGGGAGAAAUGCAGUUAAGUGUCUAACUCCCAUCGAAAAUCAAUGGGAGUUAGGUAUCUAACUGCUGUUUGUGCCUUUAAAAAUCUUCCCCUAAAUCACUACUAACUCUUUAAAAUGCUCUAUGUGUAAAAAUGUGAAGAUAAGGAUUGAAGCAGGAAGCUGGCAUAUUGUCUGUAAGCUUGAUUGUAUCCUUCAGGGCAGGAAGAACAGCGCUGUAGCCAGAGCCACAUGGAACUCCUGGUGUUUUUUAAGUAGGUUCUUAGAUCUCUUGUUUUGUUUUUCUGUUUACAGCCAUCUAAUUCUUUCGUUUCUUGCCAAAGCUAGCUGUACAGUGAUAGCAGGAGAGUAUCUAGAAGGAGCUAUAGAAGCUGCUCCUGUUUGCUCACUGGUUGCAGUUCUGACCUCCUUCUUUGGGUAGACCACAUCAAGCUGCAUUUCCUGUUGCAAUGAUCACUAAAAUGGCAGGCCAUCAGUUUUUAUACAGGUGUCCAAUUCAUAACGGGACAGUCUGAAGUAAGUUCAGGUAUUUUGAAAUACUGUUUUGAAAUUUCCAUGCUUAAUUUACAUAUUCUAAUUUAAAAAGCUAUUCUGUAGCCAGGUAAAGCUACAGGUCUCCUUUUUAAGGUAACUUGGCAACUAUCUCCUGUCCAAAAAGAAACUACCAGUUUCUUAGUGGUUCAAAAUGCACUUUAAAAAAAUCAGUACCUAACAUUCACAGUCAUCAAUUUUUACAAGGCUCAAAACUAAAUGUGCUUAGAGAAUAAAAUAAAUGCUGAAGCUCAAUCAAAGUGAAGCAUGACAAAUAUAGUACAGAGCAGGAGUGUCUGAGUGACUAAAUAAACCUGUUUGCUUUUAGAAGAAAUAAUCAUUCUGUGAUUGCAGAUCUAACUUGUGGAUGCUGCAGUCCAAGAAAGAAUUGGAGUACAGAAAACUGUAUUGAACAUAAUUAUGCCCCAAAAUGAAGAGAUACAGUGUGCCUUUAUUUCUUUCCCUAGAGAUAUUCUGCAUCUGCCUUCUUCAAGGCUGCAUGUAGAUGAAUAACCAGGUCCUUUGGGGAAGCCUAGCACCUCAUAAAAUAUUUCUACUUUAGUUUCCCUGCUUUGAUGGUGUAUCAUGCGUGACUACAGCCCUACUCCUAAGGUCACAGAUGAUGACAUACUAAGAGGUAGAACACUUUCAGUCAGUAUUUUUCACCAUUUAAAAGGAUUCUGUCAGCUUGACAUCUAGUCACCAUAAAAAUUGAGUUAAAUAGUUUUGACAGUACCUGUGAUUUUGUUGUGGUUUUACAGUCAGUUUCCUAUUUAUUUUUUAAAGUGUUUUUUCUCCCUUCCUUCCCUGUUGCUGUAGGAAAGUUGUGCACAAACAUCAGGGGAAAUGCACUAUGCACACAAUGCUAUGAAAAGCACUAAGUAAAUGCACUGAAAAACCAGAAUGUUUCUCUAAUCAUUGUUAUAGGUGACAAAAAAAGGUAAAAUAUUCAGCCGGAAGUGUGAUUUUUAACGUUAUGAUAACCCUUUUAAAUUUAAGGGUGCAUUUUCUCUUCCACUGGUGCUAUUUGCUGGGCAUAUUUUUAAUGCUGCAUCACAGAAAGAUGUUUAAGUUGUGUCUCUGUUCUUGCCAAGGAAAAGAAUAGGCUUCACAGCUGUAAACUGAAUCCCAGAAAACAGGAGUUAAAGCUCUGUUAAACUUUUGGAGCACAAUGCUUCUAGCAGGUCCCACUGUUUAUUUUUAAAUGGUGUGAAUGCAAUACUCCUGAAAGAUGCCAGAUUGAUAGCCCUGCACAGUGUACUGUUUAGCCACAAACUGGGCACAUCAAUACAAGCUUUCCCUGAAGGGAACACCUCUAGGGCUAAUAUAGCUGGCAGUCUGCUUUGAGAAAUGAAGGCUUGAAUGGACAGAGAGAGGCAAGUUGCCAGUUAGUGCUCUCUGUGGUGGCUUUUUGUGCUUUGGGUGUGGGAACUGGAUUGAAAUCACUACAUUCAAUUUAUGUAAUUCACCAAACAGCCAUCAGAGAGUAAUUUUUAGUCACAACCAACCUGGACUGAAUUCAAACCAGAGACCUAACGUCUCUUUGGAAACACUACACAUUAAUUUAGAUUGAAGUCUAAAAACCUGGGUAUUGAACCCUCCGCAUGCAAAGCACGUUCCCGUGUACCCCCUGCCCCAGAUCCAUUUUGUACUGAUCGUGGUGUUCACAUCAGAUAAGAAACAUGUAUUGUUCCUAUCCUCCUCUUCCUCUCCCCCCUCCCCCCCCAAAAAUGACCGUGAGUACUAUAAACGCUUUCCCCAGUGAACGUCACCACAUGCACAAAGAAUGCUGUGGGUGGAUUUUAGUGUAAUAUGAAUCAUUCCGUCAAACUGCCUGUCUCCUAUGAAUAACAGUCCAAAAUAUCCCAGACAAUUAUCCCAUUUACAUUCCAGAUACCCUGCUCUAACAAGCAGGUAGGGCAUCAUAUUGAUGUCUGCAUAGGGUGUCUUGUGACAAGGCCUCUCCUUGGCCAGUGAAUUGCUCUCCACGGAAUUAGUGUUUAUAAGCAUCUCUGCACUGCAGUUUGUUUUGUAAAUUUGGACUCUUGCUGAAUCAGUGUCAGAUGUUUUUGGAGUAGAAUAAGUUUUUGUAUUCCUUUAAACGGGAAGCAGUACUGUACAUUUUUAAUAGACUGUACUUGUUGCAUGUAGGUGUACUGUAAUCAGUAAGGACUAGGAAGCUUUCUAUUAGCAUGGUAGUGUGAUGAAUGUUUACUUCCCAGAAAUGGCCAGAGCUGUGGUUCAGCAAAAUCUACAGUGUAUUCUAAGUGUAGGAGGUGUGUACUCUGGCACAGGCUGAAAGCACAAUUUUGUACCAGUUACAGGACUAGCUGCAUAAAGUCUGUAACACAACAUGAAUGUAACAUGUCAGGAAAUACUUCCUUUGUAUCUAACCAUGGGGGAUGGGAGAGUUGAGAUUUUAAAGAAGCGUUCAGGGAACAACUGCCUUCAGUACAGUUGUUAAGCCAGCACAGCAGACUUGCCAUUCAUAUGGCUGAUUGUUUCACAGAAGUGUUAAGAGAACUGACCAUUAAUAAUUGUAAGCAGGUUAACAAAACACUGCUGGACCCUUGCCUGUUAGGCCUGAGUCAACUCAAAGUUACACAUUCUCUUUUUGUGUCUGUGGUACAAUGUUUUGAAACUGAUCUACUUGAAAAAUGUCUUGUUAUUGGUAUUUUUCAGUUGUCAGCAGGUGUUCUGCUGCAGAGCAUUUCAAACUGAGGUUUUUUUCCGCAAACCAUCAAUUAAAGUAUUUGCAUGGCAGAGUUGCUUUUUCAUUAAAACUAAUGUUCUGUCAGCAGCUUGGAGGGUGGCAACCAAUUCAGACAUGGGGCAUUAGAUAUGUACUUUUCCUGAUCAUUUCCUCUUUUUAUUUCAUCUCUGUUGUUUCACUUUUUUGAUAAUUAACAGUCCACCACGAUGAUAUCCGUUUGUUCGUUUUAGUUUUUACAGGCAUUAUUUCAUUCUGUUAAAGAAGAAUACAAAGUGAGAAGAGUGUUUCUUUCUGAUCACAUGCAAAUGACUUACAAUUGAUUAUUUUUCAGCCAGCUGCAUUUUUUCCUUUAGUUACUAAAGCAGUGAGUGGAUGGAAUGGGCUCUCAAAAAAUGUUGUGCAAUGUAAUUUCUUGGUUUGAUGUCAAUUAUUUGUCGAUGGGUAUCUUUGCAUCUUCCUUGUCAUUCUGAUUUGGUUUUUUGUUCAGUGCAGCAAGAUCCAAUUUUCUAUAUUUUCUUUUGAAUGCUUAAUGUUUUUUAAAAUCAUAUUUUACUAUUUUCUGGCUACGAUUUGGAAUGUACACAUUGAACUUUUAAAAAAUGGUAUUAGGUUUUACGUUUAUAUUUCAAGUAAGACCAAAAAUCUUUUAUGCCUGCAAAGAUGUUGUUUAAAGUAUUCAUUCUAUAUCAGGAUUUGAGGUUUGCAGCAGCAUCUGCAGUAAAGCUGGUAUUAGAAAAAUGCAUGAUUAUGUUAAAAUACACAAAAUGGACAAAAGGGUCAUUCUUGCUCUUUUAUUCCAGUUGUGCUUAGGAAGAGGCAUUCUUUUUGCACUAGGUGCUAAUAUCAAACAGCCCAUGUAAUGCAAAGGUGAUUUUACUAAACAGAACUUUUUUGCUACUUGUAACUAACUUUGCAUUUACUUGUGACCAAAUCCUGUACCAAACCUGGACAGACAGAGGUGUCUUUCCCCCACUCGCAAAGCUGCAGAGCCUGUGCAGUGUAGUAUCUAUUACAGAUUAUGUGCUUUCCUUCCAUGCAGGUGUGUAUCUCUGUGUUUUUCUUUCUCCCCUGGGCACUGGUGCUCAGUGAGCCCUCAGGCUGUUUUGUGGUGCAUCUAUAAAUGGUGCAAAGUUAUGACAUGGGUAUCUGGUAUCCUAACUGUGCAACAAACCAUCUUGGUUCUGGUGCAGACAGGGCCUUCCUAUAUGGGUGAAGGAGACGAAGCUAACUAUUCAAGUUAUUCUAGAAUAAGGUAGAGUGUGAAUUUCAAGUUCAAUGGCUAUUCCAGAAUAACUUGUGUGUAGACAAGCCCCAAGUACCAUAAAAAUGUAAGUUGCUUCAUUUAAGCAGGGAGCUUCUAUUUUAACUUCUGCCAGUUCUUUUGUAAGGUUUUCAGUGUAUCCUCAUUUAGGGACUGACUUGAGCCAUCAUUGAAUCAAGGGAGAUCCCCGUUCGCUAAGUUUAAAAUGGGAGCAUUUCAAAAAUACCAUGUUUUAAAAAUUCGUACUUACCCGUGAGAUGUAAACUCCCUACAUGUCAGAGUUCACUUUUCAUUAGUUAUGCUGUUUAAUAUUUUACUCUACUUCAAAAUCAAUUUUGACUGGUCAGCUUCACUCUUUGCUGCACAGGCAUGGGUUUUGUUUGCUAGGGAAGGUGUGAAUCAAACUAAACAAUUGAUCCAAACUACUCAUAACUAGUUUGGUAAAGCUUUGCUUGGGGAGAAAAACAAUAUCCAUAAGUUUGGGGUAAAAACUACUGUCACUUGUCCCCUUCAAUAUUAACAACCAGUGCAGAGAACUUUUCCUUCGCCCUAAGGUAAACUAGCAUAGUGAGCCAUAUCAUGUCAGCAACUUUAAACGGGACUUCCAUUUGAUUUACAUUAGUUCUGCCUUAUAUAGACACCCUAACUUACUUGCUGGCGCAACAUGGCCCAAUGUUCAUACUAAUGAGUGUUUUCUUUGCUUUUUUGAAAUGCAUCUUGGAGAUUCAAUGAUUAUUGGAGUGUUCAGCUAAGACUGUGAUAGAUUGGAACUGCAUGAGGUUUUCUCUCUCACACUUCCUUAUGUUAACAAAGGGGCCAAAUGUUUUCCAUAAUGUUAUGAAAAGUCUGAUAGCAUUGGGAAUGUUUUUGCGCAGUUUCAAGAGUUUUUAUUAGCGAUGCUGGUGUUGGUUUUUAGUGUCAAAUGGAUUUUUACAAAAACUUUCUGUACAAACCACCAUUUUUAUUGGCCAACAAACAUUCUCUAUAUUUGAUGUGUAAGUAAGUUUCAGUAGCACUUUCAGGGUGUUUUUAUGGUUUGAAUACUGUAUAUUAUGCAUUGUUUUCUACUAUUUGUUUUUUUACUAGAGAAUCGCAUGGUUUAUACUGUACUGCAGUAAAGAACUGCAUUAAAAUUGUUUUAUCUUUA